AUGCUGAGGGAACAGACGUUUAGUUCCGCGAACUGGUAUAUUAAGCAAAACCGGGACACUGCGGAUCUCACAAUGGAUAAGAUAAGGCAGGAACUUCUACAGACGGAAAACUCCACACUACUUCGGCAUAUUAUGAGACGUGCCGAGCCUAUCAAGGGCACCCGCCCGUUCUGGAACGGGGAGCGGUACAAACUCGAGACCAUUGCGAGAUGGCUCGGUGUGAACUGCCUAUUUGUCACCUUUAGCGCGGCUGACGUCCAAUGGGAAGAUUUACAACGCCACAUGCCUCGAUAUCGUGAAUGGAGGGAAGCGGGGAGUGAUCUUGAGAGGUCAAGAAUCGCGAAUAAGAACCUCCAAGAUAAUCCUCAUAUUGCCUCCGCAUACCUUGAGAAGCGUUUCAAUACAUUCUUUAAAUGUGUGCUCAAGCCGAAGUUCAAGGUGAUCGACCACUGGUUCAGGUAUAAGUGGCAGUCACGUGGUAGCGGUCAUAUCCACAGUUUCUUAUGGUGUGAGGAUACACCUCAUCCUAAUAUGUCAACUCCUGAAUUUAGGCAGGAAUUCGCCGAAUAUUGGUCCCAACACCUCACUGCAGUCAACCCUGAUGUCCAUAGGCGGCCUGAUGCGCGCCAUCCUUGCUCAAUACCCAUCCAUCAGCAGGGAAAUACUAUUGACCGUGCAACGGCCUUACUCAAUCGCGUCAAUAGACAUACACGUCACAGCCCGGCGUAUUGUCUGCGGAAGGACAAGAGGACAAAAGAGUUAAGAUGUCGGUUCCGUUUCCCCAGGCCUUUGAGGACGGUUGCCGCGGUUACCCCCCGUGAUAAUGGAGGCGCCAUGUGCUGGGAGUUUUCACCCGAACGGAAUGAUGAGCUACUACAGCAGUUUAAUGGUCUGGUCCUUAUGGGUUGGAGCGCUAAUACCGACCUAUCUCCUUCCACAAGCCUCUCCCAGGUGUUGAAGUACGCCGCCAAGUACUGUACGAAGGAGGAGCACAAGUCCACGUCCUACGCACAGAUCGCAUCCAGCGUCUGUGGCGGUAUAGAGAACUCCCGCCGUGGACCGGCGAUGAGGACUGUUGUAGUGAAGAUGUUGAAUAGUUUAGUAGGUGAACGGGACUGGUCCGCUCAGGAGGUCUGCCACCUAUUCCUAUGUGACGGCUUGGUCCAGACAAGCCGUGAAGUUAUCAAACUGCAGUGUGCUCCCGAGAGGGCAGCGUCAGAUGUCGCCCAGAUUACACCGGAGCGGGAAAUCAGACGUACGCGAACCCCAUGGGAGAAAUACCAAUCUAGGCCACAGGAGGGCGAGGACAUCACAUUACUCGAUUAUCUCAGGCACUAUAACCACAUAGGGCAGUGGAGGCGUCGGCCCAGGGCGAAGGCGAGGUGUAUCAACUUUUAUCCACGAUAUAGCCCAGAUCCGCUUCACGACGACUACAGCAAGUACUGUCGGGUAAAGAUGCUGCUACAUCAUCCAUACAGACGCGAGGCAGACCUGCUCGUGACGGAGGAUGGCAGCGAGAUGACGUGGGUAGUGGCUUUUUCCCGCUGUCGAGCUACGCAUGGCGAGCACGAAUUCGAUACCCUAGAGCAGACAGAGGAGCCCGACGAAGAUCAAUUUGACCCGCCUGAGGAAGAAGAACCUUUGGAUAACGAACCCCUGGAGGCGUGGCAGGCCCUGAGGCAGAUACGCGCGGAGGUAGAACCCGACGACGCGGAUUCGGAUAAUAACGACGAAGAGCCACGGUUCGUCCUGCGUCCUAUGGAUAUAGAGUAUGACUGGUCAACUCAUAUCGCGAAUACAAUGGAGAUUCCCCCGACAUGGUGGCGCGAUCAGAUCAACGCCUAUGGUUCCAACAGCGAUAUAUCUACCCCUAUAUCUCCCGACACACUAAACCCUGGACAGCGGCUUAUCUAUGACCAUGUUAUUACGCACUAUCGCCGGUGUAUUCGAAAUGGUAAUGAACCGCCUCUUUGCGUUAACAUCGAUGGGUCUGGAGGGACCGGCAAAUCAUAUCUUAUUAACUGCAUUGUUGAUUACUUCAACUCCUUGCCGGGCGCCAAUCCUGAUCGCUGCCCUAUUGCCUUAACUGCUCCCACGGGGGUUGCUGCGUUUAAUAUAGGCGGCCGUACCUUACAUAGUCUACUUCGUCUUCCAAUGAAGUCUAGCUAUAACCCUCUACCAACUGGGAGCUUGGCUACACUUCAGGACGCCGUGCGACAUGUCCGUUACGUCGUGAUUGACGAGAAGUCCAUGGUUGGCUUAACAAUGAUGGCCAAUAUUAAGCGCAGACUUAGAGAGCUUUUCCCCGAGUGCCAUGAUCAGAGAUUUGGCGGCAGGAGUAUAUUACUGUUUGGUGACUUUUACCAGCUUCCUCCUGUCAAGGACGUUGCUCUUUUUCAAGAUGUUUCCGGCAGGGGCCGUCUUAGUGAGGAUAAGUUGUUCGGGCGCAGUGGAUAUCUAGCUAUAGACAAGACGGCACGGCUUGAUCAGGCUAUGCGGCAGAGAGGAACUAACGACGUCGCAACAAGGUUCCGUACAGCCUUGGCGAAUCUACGCGUCGGCUCACUAGAAAGGGCGGACUGGGAACUUCUUACCACACGCUGUAAGCACAGGCUGUCCGCUGAGGAGGUAGCCACUUUUGAUGGCGCCAUACGGCUAUAUGCCACCAAGAAGGCCGUUGGGAGAUAUAACCACCGUAUCCUCCAAGACCACCCGCACCCUGUUCUAUGCGUCAAAGCUAGGAAUCUUGGGCACUCCAUUGGACGCAACGUGUCCACCGAGGAUGCUGAGAACCUCGCCCAGCGGAUAACGAUCUCCCGGGGUUGCCGAGUCAUGUUAACCAGAAAUAUAUGGGUGGAGAAGGGUGUUGUCAAUGGUGCACUGGGUACCGUGUACGACAUUCAAUGGGAGUCUGACACGGAUGUCAGGACCAAUAUGCCGUAUGUUGUGCUCGUCAAGCUUGACGCAUAUGAUGGCCCAGGCGUGUUCGUUGACCCCCAUGACGGCCGACCAGUUGUGCCCAUAUUCCGCACAACAGUCGAAUUCAAAUAUAUGGCAGAGCAGUGUUCGAGGUGUCAGUUUGCCAUAACUCCUGCCUAUGCUAUUACUAUCCACAAGAGCCAGGGGAUGACACUGAACAAGGCUGUCAUAGACGUCAACUACCCGGAAUAUGCCCCAGGCCUGAAGUACGUAUCUAUUUCCCGUGUAAAGUCUCUGUCGGGUAUUAUGUUCGAUACAGAAUUCGAUAUGUCCGUAUUCUCUUCCGGUAGAGGGACCUUCUGGAUAAAGCGUGUAGCCGACGAAGUUGAACGUGGCCGCCAGUUACUUAGCUACAUAGACGUCUAA